AUUGUAAUCCUUGUAGUUUCCGACGGAGCACAAUGAUUAACCGUUUUUGUUUAUCGAUUUCACUCCGUAACUUGUGCACGUCUUCAAUUUCACUGAAGUCCGUCUGAGUGUUGUAGGUGUAGGUGGACAUAUUUGAAAUGGUCCGUCGUGGUGGCGGUACCGGAUGCCCAUUAUUAUUACUGCGAAGGUUCUCAAGAUCGUCUUUGAGCAUUGCUUUCUCCUUUCGAACUGCGUCAAGUUCAGCUUGAAUAGAAGCGAUCUCAUCUUUUCGGACUUUCUCUGCUUGUUCAAUGGAUGAGCGCUGAUCUUCGAUUCUCGACUCCAUUACUUUCAUCUUUGCCCUCAACGCCUCUAGAUCAGUAGCCAGCUUGUCACGUUCGUUGGUUGCUAUCUUGAGUUUCUCGUUGUAUUGUUUCGUGAUUACUUCUUUUUCCACUUGCAGCGUUUCCUCAGCCUGUGAAUGAGCCUUCAGAACUUCACUGGCCAAACGAACGUUUUCAGCAGCCAACGCACUGAUAGGCCGCAAUGUGAGGGUGGCCUUGUCAAAUUUACUGCGAGUUAAUACAAUAGUGGCCAGUUUGUGAUAAUGACAUUUUUCAAAAGAUUCCUCUCGUUCUACGAUAUUAAACAAAGGAAGUGAAAAAAGAAAAAUUGUAAUGGUUAAGUGAAAAUGAUUCCGAAAAGAAUAAAGAAGUAAAAUGGAUUUGACAGAGCUCCAGAUAGUACAUGGAAGAAAUGGGAGAGCGCUGGUGACAAAACCUCCCAACUUCAGCACCCACCUUCUUGUUUAGUUUCUCACACUGCUCGAUAUGGGAUGUUGUCAUCUCCGCGUUGGUCUUUCGUAAUUCCUCGAUUUCUUUCUUAGGGCCAGCCGUCUUUUCUCUCAAUGUUGUUUCCAGCUUUUCGACUUCAAUACGAUGUGAUUCACUGGCGUCCGCCAAACGUCUCUCGGCUUCAUCCAAUCGUUUCUGAUAAAGUUCCUCCGUCUCCCGUUUCUGAUUUUCCAGUUCUUUGAUCUGUUCUAGCCUUGCAGUCUCCAUAUCUUCGAUCCGUUUCUCUAACCGUUCUUGA